UUCCUUUUUCCCCCUUCUGACACCUUUUUCUCUCUGUCUCUCUCUUUUGCAUCCCCCCAUCUCGGUCUCUCUCGAUGUCUCUCAACAGUUUCUGAAAGGGAUUGGAGGAAAGAAAGAACUAAAAGAAACAUGAGGAUUAAAAUUUUUGCUUGGCACUUUCUCGGGGUGUUUUCCGCCCUUUGGGGGCUGUCGACGGGGGCUUUCCCCAGCUCAGUGCAGAUAGGCGGGUUGUUCAUUAGGAAUACUGAUCAGGAGUAUACAGCCUUUCGACUCGCUAUCUUCCUUCACAACACCAGCCCUAAUGCUACAGAAGCGCCCUUUAACCUGGUCCCACAUGUCGACAACAUAGAGACCGCCAACAGCUUCGCCGUCACCAACGCAUUCUGUUCUCAAUAUUCAAGGGGGGUCUUUGCCAUCUUCGGCCUUUACGACAAGCGCUCGGUGAACACGCUGACGUCGUUCUGUGGGGCCCUGCACAUCAGCCUGGUGACACCCAGCUUCCCCACCGAAGGAGAGGGCCAGUUCACCCUGCAGCUCCGGCCGUCCAUCAGAGGGGCUUUGCUGUCACUGCUGGACCAUUACGACUGGAGCCGAUUUGUCUUCCUUUACGACACAGACAGAGGUUAUGCAAUACUGCAGGCAAUUAUGGAGAGAGCAGGGCAGAAUGGAUGGCAGGUGAGUGCAAUCUGUGUGGAGAGUUUCAAUGAGGCAGCGUAUCGCCGGCUCCUCGAGGACCUGGAACGACGUCAAGAGAAGAAAUACGUCAUCGAUCUGGAGCCUGAGAGACUACAGAACAUCCUAGAGCAGGCUGUCAGUGUGGGGAAACAUGUGAAAGGUUACCAUUACAUCAUAGCAAACCUGGGUUUUAAGGACAUAUCUCUGGAGAGGUUCAUGCAUGGCGGGGCGAACGUGACUGGUUUCCAGCUGGUGGACUUUGGAAAGCCUAUAGUCAUUAAAUUGAUGCAGCGCUGGAACAAACUGGACCAGAGAGAGUACCCUGGAUCUGACAGCCCACCUAAGUAUACCUCGUCUCUAACGUACGAUGGUGUUCUUGUGAUGGCAGAGGCCUUCCGAACCCUGCGCCGUCAGAAAAUUGAUAUCAGUCGCCGUGGCAAUGCUGGUGACUGCCUGGCCAAUCCAGCAGCUCCCUGGAACCAAGGAAUAGAUAUGGAGCGUGCUCUCAAACAGGUGCGCAUUCAGGGCCUGACAGGGAACAUUCAGUUCGAUCACUAUGGCCGGAGGGUGAACUACACCAUGGACGUGUUUGAAUUAAAGAGCAACGGACCACGCAAGAUCGGCUACUGGAACGACAUAGACAAACUUGUGUUGGUCCAGAAUGAAAAUGCUUUGUCCAAUGACAGCUCAGCGAUGGAGAACCGCACCGUGGUUGUCACCACCAUUAUGGAGGGUCCCUACGUGAUGCUGAAGAAGAACUGGGAGCUUUACGAAGGCAACGACCAGUUUGAAGGAUACUGCGUGGACUUGGCUUCGGAGAUUGCCAAACACAUCGGAAUCAAAUACAAGAUCUCGAUCGUACCAGAUGGGAAAUACGGAGCCAGAGAUCCGGAGACGAAGAUAUGGAAUGGCAUGGUUGGAGAGCUUGUGUAUGGGAAAGCAGAAAUCGCUGUGGCCCCGCUGACCAUCACUCUGGUGAGAGAAGAAGUGAUCGACUUCUCGAAGCCCUUCAUGUCUCUGGGUAUAUCCAUCAUGAUCAAGAAGCCCCAGAAGUCCAAACCAGGCGUUUUCUCCUUCCUGGACCCGCUGGCCUACGAGAUCUGGAUGUGCAUAGUGUUCGCGUACAUUGGAGUCAGUGUUGUGCUGUUUUUGGUGAGUCGCUUCAGUCCAUACGAAUGGCAUGCGGAGGAACCAGAGGAGGGAGCCACCGAGCAGGGCCCCACAGACCAGCCUCCCAACGAGUUCGGCAUCUUCAACUCCCUGUGGUUCUCACUGGGAGCUUUCAUGCAACAGGGCUGCGACAUCUCACCACGGUCUCUGUCUGGACGGAUCGUUGGAGGCGUGUGGUGGUUCUUUACCCUCAUCAUCAUCUCCUCCUAUACGGCCAACCUGGCAGCCUUCCUCACCGUGGAGAGGAUGGUCUCACCCAUAGAGAGUGCAGAGGAUUUGGCCAAACAGACAGAGAUAGCCUACGGGACACUGGACUCAGGCUCCACUAAGGAGUUCUUCAGGAGGUCCAAAAUAGCCGUAUACGAGAAGAUGUGGUCCUAUAUGAAAUCCGCUGAGCCAACUGUCUUCACUAAGACCACGGCGGAGGGAGUGGCGAGGGUCCGCAAGUCCAAGGGGAAGUACGCCUUCCUCCUAGAGUCCACAAUGAACGAGUACACGGAGCAACGCAAGCCCUGCGACACCAUGAAAGUCGGGGGCAACCUGGACUCCAAAGGAUAUGGCAUUGCCACACCGAAAGGCUCACAGUUAAGAACCCCGGUAAACCUUGCAGUAUUGAAACUGAGCGAAGCAGGCGUCUUAGACAAACUGAAAAACAAAUGGUGGUAUGACAAGGGAGAGUGUGGACCCAAGGACUCUGGAAGUAAGGACAAGUCGUCCCAGGCUCUCAGCCUGUCCAAUGUGGCCGGGGUCUUCUACAUCCUUGUGGGCGGCCUUGGCCUGGCCAUGCUGGUGGCCCUGGUCGAGUUCUGCUACAAGUCUCGGGCCGAAGCCAAGCGCAUGAAGCUGUCAUUUUCUGAAGCCAUGCGGAACAAGGCCCGUCUAUCCAUCACAGGAAGUGUGGGGGAGAAUGGCCGCGUCCUGACGCCAGACUGCCCCAAAGCUGUGCAUGCUGGCCACGCCUCCCUCCGACACCCCGGCCUUGCAGUGGUCUCCUCUGGACUGCCCUGAAAACCAAAAACACCUGCCGUGCCUUAAUGACACACACACACUGACUUUGACAAGGACACACACACACACACACACACACACACACACACAUGCAUACAUACAGUACAAUCUCUCACAUCCUAUCAUAUCACAUAUAACACACACACAUCAAGCUAGAGAAGCUCAAAUACAAAUACACAGAACACAGUUUUACACACUUGAAUACACGAACACACACUGCGCAUCAUCAUCUCACUUUCCUGUUGCCAUUGACUUAUUUUACAAGAGACAAUUGAAAUACAACUGUGUAUUGAACAGCGGGGAAAAAAAGACAAAACAAAGGACAAGUUACAUCUAUCACACUUGCCUGCAGUCUUCAUUCUUUUUUUCUUUAUUGGGGGGAGGAUACCAUCCUGAUAUCCACGAACCAACAGGAAAGCCAGCAAAGAUUUACAUGACAUGAAAUAUGAGCUGUGAACAUGACGCGAGAACUGAUCAUGAUGAUGAUCGUGAUAAAGAUGAGGAUGGUGACAAGAGGAAAGACAACUAAACAACUCUGCUCCUACUCUGUCUUCAUUGGACAUCGCUGGCCAAUAAGCCACACCCCUUGACAACGCCUUACUGAGACUACAAACCUUGUUUUCAUCGUCAUCAUCAUCAUGGUCGCCAUCAUCUUAUCUUGCCUGCAAAGACUGAGUGCCAGGUAUUAUCACCCUUAGAAGACCAGAAAACUGUAAAGCUUGAACGUUCGGACUGUGCAAAACCCACGACUUUGCCAUGGACUGUCCCAACUGAAUGAAAAUGCUUUCUUACCACACAUUUACGAUGAUUCUCGUUCCCAAAGCAGCGAGAUAAUCAGCCAACGUAGAACAGAAGUAACCUCGAGACACACACGUUCGGCUGAAUCUCGGCCAUAGAAUUCACAGGGGUUUGUAAAAGAAUAAAAAGAAUAAAUAAACAUUAGCCUAAUAAAUAAAGUCAGUCCAUCAACAGCAUUAUCAUGACAGUAGAAAUGCUAAAUAGUGAUGAUAGGGUUCAAGCUGUAUAUUCAGUGGUGGAAUGGAGGAAUAAAACCACUUGGAGGAUCUAAAAUGGUGACCUUCUCAACAGAAGCACUGGGCGCUUGUAGAAGAUAAGAGGAAAUGUGAUGAUGAUUUAAACGUGGAUUUAAAACAUUCAAGUUCAGCCUUCCAAAUAGAAAAUGCCAUUUUAGAUCCUUCGUGUUUUCCAGUGGUGGGGGGGAAGGUACCGUAUCAGAGAGCUUGCUUUUUAAAACUGUUGUAAAUAACUGCGUAGCAAAACAGAACUCACCUGUCUUUUUUAAAUCAUCUUAGAUAACAAUUCAUUGCAAUAAUGAAUAUAAGAAGAAAAUGCCACUACUUGUAAUUAAGAUAAAAAAUCUUUUUUUAUAAAUCUACAUAUUAUAUAUAAUACAAAUAAAUAUAUAUCUAUAGAGAGCUAUAGAAAACAUUGAUCACUGAUUGUCAGAGGCCGUGGCAUACAUUCUGUUAUAUGGAUUUUCUUUUGAUAACCUGAGAAUAUGAAUAUGCCACAGUCUGUGUGUCCUACUCAACACUGAAUGUUCAUCUGGUAAUCACAUGGACACACACACACACACUAACAUGUAGAAAUGCACGCACACACACUGCUGCAUACACAGGGUCAGCUCAGAGUGAUCACUACAGCACCAUGAGGGGUUUUGGAUGAUUUUGUUUUUGCCUGUUUGUCUGUUCAGUUAUUCACUUCGUUUUCAUUGUCCAACAGUGUUUUUUAUCCCCAAAUAUCUCUGAUGGAGGCCUGAAAAGGCCCCUGAUACAGUUUUUACUUACAAGUAUUCAACAUUAGUACAAAGAGACACAGGCCUCACGAGAGGAUGAGCCUCUGUCGAUUACUGUAGGGAAAAAAUGCUGUCUGACAUUUCAAAAGUGUAGCAUUUGUGUCAUUUCAUAUCACCUCGGUGCUUUUUGUUGUUCGUUUUUCUCACCAAAUGUGAGUCUGCUCCAGUUUGAAGGCCAGAGUUCAGGAGGUUUGUACUUUGUUGAUUUAUCAUGCUAGACAUGCGCAAUCUAUCGAAUAUACAUUUUUACAACCUGUAUGGCAGCCUUCAAAUCUAAUUACUUUCGGCCUUAGGAAUAAGAAAAUAUACAUGAUGCUUGCAUAGGGACUGUGUCUCUUGUCUGUUGGGAGGAAACAUUAAGUUUUCUUCUGUUUUUGCUUUGCCAUUGUUCUACCUUUCAAAUGCUCCUUCUCUUGUGUUGUCUUCCUCUCUCUCUCUGCUUUCAUCUCCAUUCCUGUCCCACUGCAAGAACAUAACUCUUUGUUCAAAGUGCAAAUGAUUUUCUGCUCGGAUAUGCAGCAUAAUAAUGGGCUAGAGAUAAACUGAACAACUCCAGACACCAGUUGACAAUCUGAGUUUCUGGCUCCUGGUUCAGAUCAUUGCAUAACACAUACGUCAUGCAUCAAAUGUACUCAAGUCAAACUCAGCAGAUGAACAAAAUAAGAUUAUAACACAAGUAUUUCAAACAGCAUAUUAAAACAACUGUCUGUAUGUCUGAAGCAAACUUCAUGGACAGUUCCCACAGUCUCACCUGCUCUCAGCGUAUCAGUGCAGCAGCACUGCAGCACAUCCAGCUUGUAAGAAAUAGUGGGUUUCUGUAAUGGAUACAUUUGUGAGGGACAGGUAACACUGAUCACUAGACCAGACACACAGGCAGUUUAACAGAACAUGACACUGUUGUGUUUUUUUCCCCACCUCCAGCACAUAAGAUUUCAUGCACUGACAGCAAGAAGUUGACUGCUGGCUUUAACACUGUUCCUUUCUUCCUUUAUUUCUCUCUUUCCAUUUUGUUUCUUUUUCUAGUAAAACAU